GGUUGUGCAGGCCUAUGAUCCCAACUACUCUGGACAGUGAGGCAGGAGGAUUACAAAUUUGAGAUCUGUCUUGGCAACUCGAUUGAAUUCCUCUCUUAAACUUCUGAAUUUUUUUACUGGUGGAAACAUUUUCUACAGAGCAGUCAAUGGCUUAAUUUGAGCAGGCGUUUCUGUGGCUUUGGUUCCUCUAUGCUUCAGGAAGCUCGAGUCUGAAGGAUACAGGGCUUUUUGUGAUGACAAUAUGACCCACAGUAAAGGAAGACCUGUCACUUACAAGACAAGUGCCAGUCCAGAGAGUGGAGGGGGUUUUGUAGAUUGGACUUUAAAUUUAAAUACAAUUCAAUCUGACAAGUUUUUAAACUUACUUUUAAGCAUGGUGCCAGUCAUUUACCAGAAAAAUCAGGAAGACAGGCAUAAAAAAGUGAACAGCAUUUGGCAGGAUGGGCUGUCAGGUGCAGCACAGACCUUCAGCAAGCGAUCAGACCCACAUCUGGACUACCAUGAGUUCUCAGAGCAGGGCUUCCACAGCAGCGGUGGGCAUGCUCCAGCCAGCUGCAGCCCCAAGUACGACGACUAUGCCGGCUAUAACUACUGUGAUGGAAGAGAGGCUUCGGAAACCACCGCCAUGUUACAGGAUGAAGAUCUGUCCAGUGAGGGCGAUGAUGUUAUUGUGGAAACAAGCCAGAGGCUCCCAAAGGAGUCCAGUGGGGUCAUGGCUCUGCAGAUACUGGUGCCAUUCUUGCUGGCUGGGUUUGGAACGGUUUCUGCUGGCAUGGUUUUGGACAUAGUGCAGCACUGGGAGGUGUUCAAAAAUGUGACAGAAGUCUUCAUUUUGGUCCCCGCACUUCUUGGUCUUAAAGGGAACUUGGAAAUGACAUUAGCUUCUCGAUUAUCCACUGCAUGGCUUAUUGAAUGUCGACAUCUACUGAUAUGCUGAAUUUGGAUUUUAAUG